AUGAAGAUGCGAUUCGACGACGGACAGUCCGUCAUAUCCGCUUGCUCCUCCAAACUCGUCUGCAAGCGGUGGAGCUCCCUCAUCUCCGGUCCCCGUUUCAACCGCCGUUUCGUUUCUCACGGCCGGGAAACCAACCCGCCGAUGAUGCCGGACGAUCCGUUGGAGCUGCUACGGAUCAUCCGCGGCUUUCUCCCUCCCAUGCCUCAUGGAGUUGUAGACACUCUGAGAGUUUCGGACUGCAACAAGGACUUGGUUUUAUGCGGGUUUUGUGAUGUAGGUAAAGACUACGAGAAGGACGAACGAAGCAGGUCGUACUUGGUCUGCAAUCCGUUUACGAAGCAGUGGAUCGCUCUUCCUUUAGCACCUAGGGUUUCUUCUCGCAGUUAUGGGGAGCAAGCAGGCCCUAGAGGCAUCUCCCCGCCGGCGCUAGGUCUCCGAGACGGCGAGACCCCCUCCUCGCCCUCCGCCUGCUUCCCUUCGUUCGAAAUAGCUCUGAAUCUCAGUUGGAAUCAACUCACCGGCGACAUCCCUACUCUGUUCACGGAGCUCGACAAGCUCGGAAUCCUAGAUCUCUCCCACAACCAGCUCACCGGCGACCUCCAAUCCCUCGCCGACAUGCAAAACCUUGUGGUGCUCGACGUCUCCCACAACAAUUUCUCCGGGAGAUUCCCCGACACUCCGUUCUUCUCCAAGCUCCCUGUGAGCGUCCUCUCCGGCAACCCUUCCCUCUGCCUCCCCAGAAGCCCCUGCAUUGCGUCGGCUCGACGUCCGCCUCCAACUCCCCUUCUUUGA